AUGGCGGCCUCGUCGGCGCGUCAAGUCGGCGGCCUCUUCAGCCGCGCGUGCUGCGCCUCCUUCUCUUCUUUAGCCAAAGACGCGCGCGCGUCCACUCGCCUCGGUGCGGCGGGGAAAGCUUCCUUUCUCCCGCGAGAAGCUGCCGCGAGCUUGUUUUCUCGGCGGUUUCUAUCCGUCUCCGCGUCGCUGCGCACGCUCCCCAUCGCGUCUUGCGCGGCGAAGGCGCCCGCGGCAUCCGCAGGAGCGCUGCGAGCGGCGAGGGCGCUCUCGUCAGUCUCCUCUUCGGCGUCGUCUCCCGUGGGGGUGGCGCAGUUCGCCGUGGACGAGUCUGCGGUGCCGUUCUCGGGGCAAGAGGCCUUUGGCGACGCGGCGGCAGCGGAAGGCUUUUUGGGCGAGGGGGGUCUCUACGCGCCUCCCGCGGCGGCCUCGAUGCAUGCGCUCUUCAACAGCGUCGUCAAGGUCUACAGCGACUACACAGAUCCGAACUACUCACUGCCGUGGCAGAUGCAGCGCCAGGGAACCAGCACAGGCAGCGGCUUCAUCUUGAAGGAUCGCCUCAUCAUGACCAACGCGCACUGCGUGUCGUGGAACAACCGCCUCCAAGUUCGAAAGCAUGGGUCUCCAAGCAAAUAUGUUGCGCGGAUCGUCGCAGUCGGCCACGAGUGCGACUUGGCUCUUAUCACCGUCGACGACGAGGCCUUUUGGCAGGCAGAUCUCGCGGAGCUCGAAUUGGGCGAUGUCCCUGCGCUGCAGGACGGCGUCGUCGUUCUGGGCUACCCGCGCGGCGGCGACAACUUGUGUAUCACGUCGGGAGUCGUGAGCCGAGUCGACGUGAACCCCUAUGCUCACUCCAACACGUGCCUCUUGUGCGUGCAAAUCGACGCGGCGAUAAAUCCAGGCAACAGUGGCGGCCCCGCUCUGAAGGACGGGCGCGUUGUGGGCGUCGCUUUCCAGGGCUUUGACAACGCGCAGAGCAUAGGCUACAUCGUGCCCACAACAGUCAUUCGUCACUUUCUAGAGGACGUGAAGCGCAACGGCCGCUACACGGGAUUCCCCACCGCAGGCAUCGUCUUCCAGCCGCUGGAAAACAAAAGCAUGCAGUCCUUCCUCGGACUCAACAAAAUCAAACCUAACGAACUGCCGCCAGGCGUGGAGGCGUCGGGCAUUCUGGUGACGCUCGCCGACGAGCUCCGCGCGCGGCAGUACGCGCGGAUGGUUCAGCCUGAGCCGCAGAAGGCCGCGACCAACAGUGAGGCUCCCGGGAAGGGUGAGUGCGCAGAAAAAACCAAAGAAGAAGAUGUGCGCCUGCAGGACGGGACGCAUGUGGGCCUGAAGAAGAACGACGUCAUUUUGGCCGUCGACGGCGUCGACGUGGCGAACGACGGAACUGUUUUCUUCAGGGAAAUGGAACGCGUGAACGUCUCGCACAGCAUCUCCUCCAAGUUCCUCGGCGACACGUUGCGGGCGACUGUUCUGCGAAACAAGAAAGUGAUGGAUGUCGUGAUUCCUCUGAUUCAGGAAAACGCUCUGGUGCCGAAGCACCAGUGGGAUCAGAAGGCGCGCUACCUGAUCUACGGUGGCUUGGUGUUCUGUCCUCUCACACUCGAAUAUCUCAAGGACGAAUUCGGUGUCAAGUUCAACGAGCGUGCGCCCGCGUCGCUGCUGCAGCCGCUGGCGGACAUUUUCGCGCAGGAAGAAGGCGAGGAGCCGAUUAUUCUCAGCCACAUCCUCGCGUCGGACCUGACCAGUGGCUACAACUUUCGAAACUGUCUCCUCACGCAUGUCGACGGCCAAAAAGUGAGGAAUAUGAAGCAGCUCGCGAAGCUCCUUCGCAUGCACGACGCGGCCGGCGCAGAAGAAGAAGUCCAGGGCGCGGAGGCGGGCGAGUCGCAGCCGGCGGCGCAGGCGAACGCGGCUACGAAAGACGACUUUGUCAUUUUCUUGCUGGAAAACAAAGUUCAACUCGUGCUGGAGAGAUCCAAGGCCGAGAGCAUGCAGCCGUUCAUUCUGAAGCAGCACGCGAUCCACUCGCCAACCAGCGACGUGCUGUGA